AUGGGGGAUGUUGCCAAUGAUCGAAAUGCGGCCUUCGAAGAGACUAAACAGUUUGCUUUGCAAUCACUAGCAAGUGUGGCUUAUCAGAUAAAUACUCUUGCAAGGGAUCUGUUGGACAUGCUGGAUUUGCAAACUGAUAAGAUUUCGAGCCUUACUGGGCAAGUGGACAAUAUCGAUGUGGUUGUCAACAUCCACAAGGAGAAGCUUGCGCGACGUGAAAUUGGAGCCCUCACAACGAACAAGUCGCUGCAAAAGCAACCAAAAAUCAUUGCUCCUGCAACACAGGAACCUGUCCAACGAUAUAAACGUACUCCUAUAGAUUUCUCUGUACUGGAUGGCAUUGGUCAUGGUGUACGCGUCGAGGUUCCAUAUCAAAGUCGAGCAGGCUUGAUUUCUCGCGCAGCUUCCAGCGUAUCCGGUUCUCAACAGUAUGGUGGACAUUACGCUCAGUAUGAACGGACAGCUAAUAUCGGAACCAAUACGAGCUUUGGAUGA